UCAUCUUUUUUCAGUGCGAAGAAAAUAUUUGGCAGGAUGAUCGCCUUUCUGUAGCCAAUUGUUUUCACAUGUUGGCUAAGCUGAGUGUGGAGGAGUGUAGUGCCUUGAAGUAUUUAUUCUCUUCUUCUAUGGUUGGAUGUUUUCCAAAUCUUAAGGACCUUCAAAUAAGAGAGUGUGAGAUGAUGGAGGAGAUAAUUGGUACGGAGGGGAGAAAUAGUGCUGCAAUUGAAGAGGUUGGGUUUCCAAAAUUGGAGACUGUCAUAAUAAGCAACAUGAAAAGGUUAAGGAAAGUAUGGUACUCCCAAUUUGAUGGGUUGAAGACUAUGGAGGUCAACAAUUGUGAGAAACUUGAACAUAUUUUCCCAUCGGAUAUGCGCACAACAUUUGGAAGAAUGGAGACAGUGAAGGUCAGUGAUUGUGGUUCAGUGAAAGAGAUAUUCAAAUUACCAAACAAAGAAAUCAUUAGUGAAGAGGCUACACAAUUGAAGAACCUGCAUCUGCUUCGCUUGCCCAAGUUGAAACAAAUAUGGAGUAAGGACCCCCAGGGAAAUUUCUGCUUUCACAAUCUCCAAUAUGUCGAUGUUAAAGAAUGUGAAAACUUAGACUAUCUCUUCCCACUUUCAGUCGCCCUGGAUCUUCAUCAACUCGAAAAACUCACAAUGAGUUCUUGUGGAAUGAAUGAAGUUGUAGCAAAGGAAGAGGAAAUAGCCACAUUUCACUUUGAUCGGUUAAACUCCUUGAAGAUUUGGCACAUGCAUCGACUUGAUAGGUUUUAUAGUGGAAGUCACGAUCUAACGUGCCCAUCAUUGAGAAUGUUAUGGGUCUUCAACUGUCCAAAAUUGAGGUUAUUAGGGAGACAGAGUACAAGAAACCAUAGCAAGAGUGGUGAUGACCGAAAUCCGCGUCCCUCUAUGCAAGAUCCUCUCUUCUUGAUUGAAGAGGUGAUUCCGAAGUUGGAACAAUGGGAAGUAAAUAACAAGGAGGCCAUAAUGAUGUUGGAAGACCCACAAUGGAAGGACCGUUAUUUUAGUAAAUUGAAGAAUCUUCGAAUGUCUUAUUUUGACAACAAAACAGCAGCAACUUUUCUGGACUCAGUUGCGCAAAAGGCACCAAACUUGAAAACUCUAGUUGUCCAACAUGGUUCCUUGAAAGAGAUAUUCCAACACAAAAGAGUUGCAUAUGAGGAAGGCAAGAAUGAAAUCAAGACCCAGCUUGAAGUUUUAACUCUGUAUAAUCUACAAUUGGAACACAUAUGUAGAGAAAGAUGCAAGAUCGACCCAAUUCUUGAGGUUCUUGAAGUUUUAAAUGUGACAGAAUGUGCCAAUUUGAAAACUUUGGUUCCUUCCUCCGUCACUUUUUCCCACCUGACAUAUUUGCAGAUUCAAAAGUGUAAUGGAUUGAUAAGCUUAAUUUACUCAUCAACUGCAGCGAGUUUGGUCAAUCUUCAACACAUGAAAUUAAAAGAAUGCAAUUCACUUGAAGAAAUAAUGACGCAGGAGAUGAAUGAGACAAGAGAUGAAAUCGUAUUUAGAAAUUUGAGAACUAUAGCAUUGGAAAGCUUGCCAAGGCUCAAUAGUUUCUCAUCUAGCAGUCAAUGCUUCUUCAGGUUCCCAUUGUUGAAGAAAGUUGUUGUGAGGCAAUGUCCAAGGAUGAAAACCUUCUGUGAAAGAGCAACAAGCACGCCAAUGCUCAGAAAGGUAAUAACAAAAGAGGGGAAAGACGAAGAAUGGUGGUGGGAAAGUGACUUGAACAGAACAAUAAAAAUGGUCCAUGGGAAUAAGAUUGCAUUCCGUGAUAUGGAGCAUCUUGAUUUAUCCUUGUAUCCUGAGCUAAAAGACUCUUGGAGCAGUCCCAUUGAGAAUAAAAUAUUCUGUAAUUUGAAAUCUUUGGCAGUCGAACAUUGUGACUUUUUAUCAGAUGUUCUUAUUCCUUCAAAUAUGCUGCGAACCUUGGGGAACUUGGAAGAAAUUCACGUAAAAGACUGUGAUUCACUAGAAGUUGUGCUUGAAUUUGAUGCAGCAAAAGAAGAGGCAAUGUCAGAAAAAGAGGCGAGUCAUCUGCGAAAAAUCUGCCUAUCUAAUCUGCCUAAACUCCAAUACAUAUGGAAACCAAGUCUCGAAGGGAAAAGGGACGAGGAUGCAGUUCAAGUCCCAUGUCAACAGCCUCUGUCUUUUCUUGCUAAGGUCCUUCUACCCAAACUGGAAACAAUCAUAAUAGAAGACUUGCAAAACUUGGAAACAAUAUGGCACCCUGUCCUAAUUCCGAAUUCCAUGGGUAGCUUUGAGACGUUGAAAGUGAAAAAGUGUCAGAAAAUUCAGCAUAUAUUUCCAAUAUACAUGAACGGAGUAUUUGCAACUCCACAGACAUUGAAGGUUAAAGACUGCAACUCAGUGCAGGAAAUUUUCCAGUUGGGUGCCAAGGAAAUGUGCAGUGGAGGUGACACAACACGGCUCAAGAAUAUAACCCUGCUUCGAUUGCCAAAGCUGAAACAAAUUUGGAGCACAGAUCGUCAAUCUAGUCUUCACUUUAAUAGUCUGCAAGUUGUGCGUGUUGAAGAUUGUGGAGAUUUAGAUUACCUUUUUCCAUUCUCCAUAGCAAAGCACCUACCUCAACUUGAAGCAAUUACAAUAAAGAGUGCUGAAAAGAUGAAGGAAAUUGUUUCCAAGAGAGAAGAACCCUUGGAUAAUCUCAUCAAAUUUGAGUUUAAAAUUGAAGCUGUUCAAGCCAAAAGAUACAAGUAA